AUGAAGAGCAACGAUCUGAUAAUGUGGAGGUUUGGAAACAAUCUCUUAGCUAAAAUCAACAGAAAGGACAAUAAAAGAGAGACUUUUAAUGGUCCUAAUGGGAGUUUCACAGACAGAUUGAAGCUGGACAGUCAAACUUCAUCGCUGACCAUCAAAAACAGCAGAAUCUCUGACUCUGGACUUUAUAACAUAACCACCAGCAGCUCAAACACGCUACUCAACACAUUCAACCUCACUGUCUAUGUUCCAGCUCAUCUGCCUGCUCCUGUCAUCAGCAACUCUUCAUCAGUGCAGUAUUGUUCAGUGGUGUGUUCAGUGGUGAAUGUGAGCGCUGUGAGUCUCUCCUGGUACAAAGGAAACAGUGUAUUGUCCAGCAUCAGUGUGUCUGAUCUCAGCAUCAGUCUCUCUCUACCUCUGGAGAUUGACUGUCUGGAUGAUUCCUACAGCUGUGUGGUGAAGAAUCCUAUCAGCAACCAGACUCAACAUCUAGACAUCCAAGUCUGUCAGUUUUGUGAAGAUUGUAUCUGCUGUUGUGGUUUUGCUGAAGCUGUGAUUCGACUGGCUCUCGCUGCUGUGGUGGGUGUGGCUACUGUUGCUGUCCUGGUCUAUGAUGUUACAUCCAGAAGAUCUGACCAGAGGAAUAGAAAGCAAACAUCUCCUUCAGACUCUGAAUAAUCAGAAAAGCAUAGUGGAGAUCUUCUUGAAUAACCAGAGAUAUUUACUGAUUAUUGUACAAAUAGUAUUCAUGAACAAAUGUCCUUUAUCUCCUUAUUUAACUGAUUUUCUACAAUACAAAUCCUCUUUUAAUAUGAA